AAAGUCAAAGUCAAAAUCAUUUAUUUAAAAUAUACCAGGAAGGCACUUUUGAACGUCAAAGCAAAUAUAAUAAUAUUAAUAAAGUCUGUCUGUCGGUCAGUCCUCUAGUUGCUCUAUUUGCUCGUUCCAAAGUGUAGAUUCCUAUGGAGAAGAACGAGCAAGAAACUCCAUAGGUUACUCUUUUUCAAUCAGGUUCACAAUACAUUAAAUAAAUAAUUUAUAAUAUUUUAAAAUGAGCGUGGGAUCAAUUCUUAUUGCCAUAUUAAUAUGCUUCUCACCACAAGUGUCUAUGAAGAUAUAUGAUGGAUUAAGUUUUGGAGCUUAUUGUGUUAGGAAGCCAAGCAAAUGUCCAAGUGGCACCUCCAUAGUAUGUAAUAUUGGAAGUAAACAAUACCAAGAAGUAUGUACUAGCAUAAGCCCCCACGAUAAAGCAUAUUCGUCAAAGGAGCUAAAGAAUUUAGUGGUCAAAAUAAACAGGAAGCCAAUCACACCUGACUCUAAUUUAAGUUUACUUCGUUCCUUGGAUAAAACGUUAAAAGAAGCAACUGAGGUAUUGUAAAUUAAUUAUUUU